AUGUCUACUGCUCUGAAGGACACCUUCACAGUGAUAUCAUCGGCCCUCCAAGAUGGGUACUCAGUGCAGGUUGGUGACAUCACCACUGAGUUGCCAGGCAUGAGCUUGGACACUGCCCGGAAGUGCCUCUUUGCCUAUGCUAAGAAGCAUAGCCGUGAUGUUGAGGUGGACUUUUGUAUUCUGGGCACCAUCGGGAUGGGUAACACUGACAUGGUCAUCGUAACUGGCAAGGAAGGACUGGACCAGGCCUCGUUGAAGUUCGACCGAAUUUUGACGCGGUACGUGUAUAGGCUCCGAGCAGUGGGAAAGGAGUCACAUUACAGGCGUGCCCUCAGCCCCCACGCGUUGGCACCAACAGUGUUGCAUGCUACGACCAGCGAUAAGUGCAGGGAGAUAGUCACGGAUGUGAAACAGAUAGCGCCGAAAGUACAUGAGGUCCCGCUUAGUGCGACGCAGAUAGAGAUCACUAAGGCUCAGGAGAAGGCCAAUCCUUUAGCGGCUAUGUUUGCUAAGGCUGCUCAGAAAAAGGCGGCGAAGGAGAAAGACGCCCGAGACGAGAAGUUGGUAUCAAAAGAGAAACCCAAGAGUCCUGCUAGGGCAAAGGCCUCUAAGACGGCUCGGGGGAAAGCGAAUCCGAAGACUAAGUUGACGGCGACGACACCAAAGAAAGUGUCCCCGUCGAGGUCGCCGAUGGAGACAGAUGAGGAGGAGGAGGAUGAGGAUGACAUUAUGGUGAUGCCCAAGAGGAAACGUAGGGGUGAUACUAUGGCGAAGCGACAGCGAGAGGCGACCCCUGAGAAAAAGAAGGUGGAGGAGCCCAAGGCCCCCUCAGUCUCAGCUGGUCUCUUCGGGGAAGAUGACGAGGAGGAGAAAGAGACAGGGGAGCGACCUGGUGAUGAAAAUUCCAGUCUUGAGCAUAACGGUGGUGAUACUAUCGAAGUGAAACGACGCAAGAAGACCACCGAGACGAAUUUCUCGCUGGGAGAAGGGGGGUAUAUGGAGGUUCAGGACGUGGUGGGUUUCAAGGAGGUCACAGAAACUGUGAAGAGGGCAGCGCCAGUAGCUGCCAAACCCAAGGCCAAAUCUGGAGCCUCGGGACUGGCCCGUGGCACUAAGCGUGGCGGUGGUGGUAAUGCGGCGUCUCACAGCCACCAAACGAAGCUGACUAGUUUCUUUACGAAGAAAAACUAG